GACGCCUCUCGCGUGUCGCUUCAGAGGCAUGCACGCAACCGCGGUCUUCGCCAUACGUGCAACAGCGAUAGAGAGGACCCCAGCGCGGCAGCCACCGUCCGUUGCACACGCAACGACACACCAUCUUCUCGCUCAGUUUCACUUUUUCCCCCUUUCGUUCUGGUCUUGAUCCUUCCUUCAUCACACACGCACACACACCCACACACAUGUAUAUUGCAGUCCACGCUAAUUCGAAGAAGGCAUCCUCCGCCGUCGCCUCCUCCCUCCUCAAUGACGAUAGAAGGCCGAUCCACGCCGCAAGAGAACCAACUACGUGUAUAAUGGCUGGAAUAGAUACAUAAAGGGCACCCCUAUAAAUAUAAAUGUAUUUAUACGUGUUUGCAAAUAUGUUCAUCUCAAAAUCGAUACAGACAUGAAACUCACCUCGAAGUCACGAACACCGCAGCGUGGUGGAGUGCACAGCACUGAUGUCGAUGCCUCCGCUGCCGCCACCACAGCGGCUCGUGUUCUCCCCUCUUCCUCCUCCUCCUCUUCAGCGACCACGAUCACAACCAUAAAAGCCGCUGUCCGUGUGCGGCCACUCAUCGAGGCGGAGCGGCACACACCCGGCAACGUAGAAGAUGCAGCGGCAUCCUCCGGCAACGAAGUAAUUCGGGUCGUGACCGCGGCAGGAAAGCUCACCCGCCCAAUGGAGAGCGCGUACACGCUGGAGGUGCUGCAGCCACCACCGCCCUCGCAAGCCGCGAGUGCAACGACGAAGUCAGCACGGAAAGGACGCGGCGCGGGCGUGGCCUCUUUUGCUUCCUCCGACGUUUCCGCGUUGAGAGCAAAGGCCUACGCGUUCGACUACUGCGCCGGCCCCUUCACCAGCCAAGAGGAGCUCUUCGCGAUGUUGGACAUGCCGGCGAUGUGCGAGGCGGCCUUGUCGGGUCAGGUGGUGACCGUCUUCUGUUUCGGCCAAACAGGCAGUGGGAAGACCUACACGUUAAGUGGCCGCACCCUCGAUGGCGCAGCGGCGGGGGAGACGGUCGGCAGCCCCGACGGCCCGUUGGUGUCCGAGGACGGGCUGCAGUACCAAGCCGCCGUGUACGUGGCGCGCCGACUGAAAGAGAUGCGCCACGCUGUCAAAAAGAAACAGAAAUUAGCGAGGGCAGAUGCAGGCGCUUCGGACGAUACGCACGACGGCAUCGAGGGGCGGCCUACCGGUGCCUCGAUCGUGGUCGCCAAGUGCUCCUACAUUGAGCUCUACCAAGAGGCUCUUUACGAUCUCCUGCAAGCGGACAGCCCCGAAACCGUGCGCUGCCGCUGGUCCGCCGUGGCGCAGUCUUUCUUCGUGGAGGGCUCCCUCUUGGUGGAGUGUAGAAACAAAGAGGACUUUUUGGCGGUGCUGCGCGAGGGCCAGCGCAAUCGUCAGCGAGGCAGUCACGCGUUGAACCGCGACAGCAGUCGCUCCCACGUUGUCUUCACGAUCUUCUUUGACGUGUCGGACGAGGCGGAGGGAGAGAAGGGAGAGAAGGGCGAAGACGGAGGUGUGCACGCUGGCGGCGCCAUGGAGGGAGGUGCGAAGCGAAAAGGCCGUCGCUACGGCCGUCUCGUGUUUGUCGACCUCGCCGGCUCGGAGCGGCUCAAGAAGUCACAGUCCACCAGCGGAGCGGAGACGGGGUCCAUCAACAAGUCCCUCUUCACCCUAGGCCACGUGCUGGAGCUGCUCUCUACCACGAAUGCCUCCGCUGCUGCCGUGCCCACAACAGCGGAGAAGGCAGCCGCCAAGCCUCCCCCACCCUUCAUCCCGUACCGGUCCAGCAUUCUGACCCAGCUGCUGAUGCACAGCCUCGACGGACACGGCCGCACGUUAAUGGUCGCCUGCGUCAGCCCCAGCGUGCUCCACCUCGAGGAGUCCCUCCGCACGUUGCACUACGCGCAGCGUGCCCGUCGCAUUCGCACAACCCCCGUCAUGCACGUCGACGCGGAGACGCAGCAGCGGAUGGCGCUGGAGAGGACGGUGGCGGAGCUGCAGAGGGAGAAUGCGAUGCUGCGUCGUGCGCUGCAGCUCCCGCGUGCGGGCCCGUUGUCGGAGGAGGAGGUGCACACAUCGCUAGAGGCGCUGCUGCAUGGUACUUGGGACUCGGUCGCACCAGCGACAAGAGAGAGCGCGACGGCGUUGUCAGCUCCUGCUGCUGCUGCUGGUGCGAAGAAGAAGUGGAGUACAGCGGCGGCGGUGUCACGUUCCACCGCCCCUCCUGCAGCGAGUUGCGCCGAGAAGCCACCGUGGAAUUCAGACUCUGCGCCCCUUCACAGCCAUUCGUCACCACCACCGUCACCGUCGCCGUCGCCGUCCCCUCCAACCGCAAACGGCGAUGGCACGGCGACAGUGAGUAUUUUGGCGCUGUUGGAUGCGUUGCCGGAUACCCGCUCCAUCACGUGA